GCACCCCCCCCAGACCCCGCCGUGCCCGUCCUGCGGGCUUCUGCUCCUCUCCUUGUGGGUGUGCAGUCCAGCUCCGCGGAAACAGCGGCCAUCAGGCUUUGCAUUUUGGGCAAUAAAACUCAGAAAAUUGCUCUGCUCUUCUCCCCUCCUGCGGUUGCACACAGAGGUCCUGCAGCAGCGUCCCGGGGCUUGGGCAGCGCCUGUUAAUGCUGCUGAACCCGCGUCGUCUGGUGCUGCAGCUCAUCUGUACCUCUCCCGGCAGCCUGCCUCUUGCAGGAUGAUACAGAUCUUGGACCCAAGACCCUUGCCAAGCUCCAUCAUGCCUGUGGACGUGGCCAUGAGAAUUUGCUUAGCCCACUCUCCACCACUGAAGAGUUUUCUCAGCCCCCUUGAGGACUGUCAAAGAAGCAACUUUGUGAACAGACUCAAACCUCUCAGACCAUGUCUUCAUGUGAGACGUGACUCCGAAGCUCAGAAGAGUGACUGGAACCACUCAGCAGCCCGAGCCAAGAAGCGAGUUGUGUUUGCAGACUCGAAGGGGCUGUCCCUGACAGCAAUACACACAUUCUCUGAGGCCCAGGAGCAGUCUGAGUGGGAUCCUCAGUUUGACUUCUUAAGCCUUGAAAAUAUAACAUCUAGCUUAAAGCUACAUGAGGAGAAAAACUUGAUUCUGGGUUUCGCUCGGCCCUCAGCUGACUACUUGGACUUUAGGAACCGCCUGCAGAAGAACUUGGUCAGCCUGGAGAACUGCACCCUGCAAGAGAAGUUGCUGUCUGGCACUGUGAAAGUGAAAAAUGUGAGCUGAAAAAAGGUUCAGGUUCGAAUUACCUUUGAUACCUGGAAGACCUACAUGGACGUUGAGUGUGUAUACAUGAACAAUGUUUACAAUGAAUCUGAAAAUGAUACCUUCUCGUUUACCAUAGACUUGCCUCCUUCAAUUCCCUCUGAAGAGAAGAUAGAAUUUUGCAUUUCCUACCAAAGUGGAGAACAAACCUUCUGGGAUAAUAACGAGGGUCAGAAUUACAAGAUUCUUCAUGCAGAGUGGAAGCCUGAUGGUGUUCAGAUACCAUCUGCCAAGAAAGACUGUGUAGAUCUGCAGGCUUCAAGGAGGCAACAAGAGAGAGAGCCUGAUCAACUAGGCAGUCCAAGGCUGUACAGUGGCUUCUUUUCCCAGUGGCAGAGACUGGAUCAGACUGAAAAUUCAUUACCAUAUUGGUAAUGUGGUAAUUGGUGAUCAGUACUUGCAAAGAAGUAUUCUUCCAUUCAACAGCAAAACAGUGUUAGUUUUCUGGUUGACAUACUAUGUAAUGUAACCACCUGCCAGGUUUUGUUGGCUGGCUGAACAAAUCCAAAUUCACUAGUCUGUGAGACUUGUUAAACCAUACUAUGCUACUGAAGUUCUUAGCCAAAACUUAUCCUUGGGAGGAAAGAAAAGAUCAAACCCGUGUGUAUGCCAUCUACUGCAGAAAUAGAAUGCCUGUGUCUUUAGUAUGCACUGCUUGCUUUCUGCUGUAGGCUCUCCUGAGUCACUGGGUGAGAGACUCUUGUGAGGCAGUAAGGAGUGGUAGCUUAGCAAGCUCUAGUGACUGCAUGUGUGAGUAUGCAUGUGUGUACAGGGACGUUGCAUGAAGAGAACAUCACAAUUAAUUUUGCAGCUGUUACUGCAGUUGAGGUGAUGCUGUGAGGAUGGAGGUUUGCUAUCACUCUGUGUGUGUGUAGCAGAGAUGGGUAGGAAUGCAUACCUGGAACCUGUGGCUUCAGUACAGGGCAAGAAACUUGGAGAGGUUAAUGGAAAAGUGGGAGAAGGUAAAGAGAUAGGAUGUGCUCUGUAACUUGGAGCUGUACAGUGUUAUAGUUUUUUCUCUCCGUCGCUGCUCUUCUACAUCCUAGAUAAAGUUCUGUGGGAUUAAAAGGAGAAUACAGAAAAUUCUGUGCAGUGGAGGAAACGACUGCUGCUUUGAGAAGACAUCUCUGUCCUUCUUGGCUUUAUGAAUAAUAAAUAUCCUGCAUUUGAGAACAAAUCUAAAGUUGACUUCAUUUUCUACCCACUUAGCAGGGAGAUGGUUACCUUCUAAUGUUAAAAGAAAAAUGUGCCUUUUAAAAAAGUUUUUAAACCAUCCUGCAUACCAAAGGCGGGGUUAGGUGGCAGAACAGACCAAGUGAUUAGUAACCUUCUAGCCUGUAGCAGCAUUUGAUUAUUUGACUCAUUAUCUGAUCCAGUUUUACAGCAUCUGGUGGUCCAGUAUCCUGCUCCCUGCUACAAGGUUAAUGAUGACUUUUCGCAAGUGAGUAACAUUGGCCAAGUCCUUCAUAUUGAAGACAGUGAGGUAGCUACACUUUGUGAAAGUUGAUUUCCUUAAAAGAGCAGGGUUGCUACUAUUUUUUUCUAAACUGAAUAUAAGUUUGCACAUAAAGCAAAAAAACUUGCUGUUUUAUUGUACCUCAUUCUUUAAAGACUUUUUUUAGACCUAAGUAAUCUAAUAUAUAUUUUGUAUCUGUGUGCUCAUAAUUUAGCUUUCUGAGCUGUCAAACUGUAAAAGUGAUCUGUGUUUCAUGCAAGACUUGUUGUCCAAUACAUACUUGGAAGAUGUGAAUACAGGCAUACCUUUUAGCUGGACAGAAGUGUUGACAUCAAAAUAAAAAUCACAUUUUCACCCAUUGAUAAAAAGUAUGAUAUUCUGAGUCUAAAGCUACUUGCAGUGUAGUGAGACAACAAAUGCUAAGGUAAAAUAAGCCUGCUUCACUAAUUGCUAUUUUUCCCAAUGUAACCCUUGCUGUUAAGUGUAAACAGGCCAUUUUAAGAAUAAAUUGUAUUUUGAUAUA